GCUGUCAUCAUUAGCAUAAUAAAUAAUGUGAUUGUGAUUUAGUUUUUGAUAACGUUUGACAAAUUUAGUGUAGCAGGUUUUUUCCAUGUCAAUUAAGAUAGUUUAUGUGAUAAAAAGUGUUGUAAUGGUGAAUAAUUUUGUUUCAAAAUGUGAAUUUCACAAAAUUAGUCCAGCUUAAUAGGCCUAAGCCUAUAAAACGUAAUAGCCUAACCUGAAUUGCUUAGAUUUGUUUAUGACAUUUAUCUCGGACAAGUCAGCAUCGCAUCGGAGACAAAUCUACUUGACUCAUAAAGGAGGAUUUUGGCCUAAUUCGAUACAUCAGUGUAGUACAGGUAGUACCAAGUGGAUGGAUUGUGCUCAUCUCCAAAUCUGAAGGAUGUAUGUGCAAAUACAAGACCUGGAUGACCACAGGACGAGCGAUCCUGAGGAUAAGGACUACAUCGCUUCAGGACCAGUGUCGUCUCUUACAUUCCACAAAGCAAAAGAAACAUCAUUGUUUAAAGGAGGGCGGUUCACAGUGAGAAAGCGACAUGCUCCAAACAACAAGAUAUAUUUCCAUCUACAAGAUGUGUUUACUUCUCUGAUAGAGUCUCGUUGGAGAGUCACACUUCUUGUAUUUUCUCUAAGUUUUCUCGUCACUUGGUUCUUGUUCGGACUGUUGUGGUGGGUAAUCGCACACGAACACGGCAACCUUAAAGGUUACGACAACUAUGAUGAAUAUAGCCCCCAAUGUGUGACUGAAAUGGACGAUUUCAUAUCCUGUUUCCUGUUCUCGCUUGAGACACAAUACUCGACUGGCUACGGUACUCGGUCCCCCACCACCGAGUGUCCAGAAGCUACUGCUUUGCUCAUCGUUCAAAGCAUUUUCGGAGUGCUCAUACAAUCUACGAUGGCGGGAAUAGUCUUUGUCAAACUGUCUCGUCCAAAGGCUAGAAGUCAGCACAUAAUAUUCAGCAAGCAGGCAGUGAUAUGUCUACGCGAUGGCUGUCUGAGCCUGUUGUUCCGUGUAGGAGACUACCGCAAGUCACACAUAGUAGGAGCUACAGUCAGAGCUUGGUUAUUGCAGCACAGAAUAACACCUGAGGGUGAGGUCUUACCUCACUACCAACAUAGCAUCGAGCUCAGUAUUGAUUCUGGAGGGGCUGAUGCUUUCUUGAUUUGGCCGACAACAGUUCUCCACAAAAUCAACGAGUCAAGUCCUCUUUUCGACAUCGCCGCAGUAGACUUGUUGAGUGCAAACUUUGAGAUAGUUGUAGCUCUAAACGGAACAGUUGAAACAACAGGACAAACUAUUGAAGCUAAGACCUCAUAUUUACCAUCUAAGAUUCUCUGGGGCCAUCGGUUUAAACAGAUGAUCAAAAGCUACAGAAAGCGCUUCUAUGAUUUCGCUGUGGACUACAGCAGAUUUGACGAGACUUACGCAGUAGACACACCGUUGUGUAGUGCUCGUAAACUGUUAGAGUGGAAUCUUCCCCAAACACCCACCACUCCUGUGGUCUCUCUUCCUCUUCAAAUUUUUUAUGAAAAUAAAUCUGAGGCUGAGUGAUGAACUUUUUGGUUCACAUUUAUUAGGUAUACAAAAGAUCCCACACUUUAGCCCAUACUCGUCUUUCCUGAACUUCAAGCGAAUUUUUUUCUCUCCAGGAGGUCUUCACAUUCCUUUUCAUACUUUGUAUUUAACCAACGCAUUGGACUUAUUUCCUAGACUUAUUUUUUUUUAAUUACUUUUCCUUAUUUCCGUUCAGGAUUUCUUGAAGUCUGAUAAAUCCUCCAGCAUCUGGUGCACCAAAGGGAUGCAAAAUAAUCUACUGCGCUUGAUCCUCUUUGUUGAUAUAAA